GAAAAGUCCUGACGUCAUUCAAUAGCUUCCGGGCUGGCAGAACUGUCCCGGCAAUGCUUAGAUUUACAAUAUUAUUUUCAUUUUGUUUAUCCGUUUUGUAACAAGACUUGCCUUUAUAAUCUAUAACCAAACAGGCCAAGUUAAUAAUCAUAUGAACAUAAUGUCAGAGCUUUGGCUACACGGAUAAAUAGAGCUGAUCCAUUCCCGCGGCGACUCAGGCGUAGCGGUUGAGAAAAGAGGUCUGGUUGACUUGCUACACAAAGAAACCAACCCCUGCAACCUUCAGCUUCAGCAGCAAGUUCUAAUACUUAAGGAGCAGUGCAAGUGCAGUGUAUCAUUGUGCUUUUGGUUUCGUCGAUCUCCAGCACUGCCUUCAUCCUCAAAGAUGAAGCUGAAGGAGGAUAUGAACCCCCUGCUGCUGCAGGUCUUCCGGUCCGUGGUCUGGGUCUACUCUGUAAUCACCUUUAUACCCUGGUACUUCUUCUCCGGAGCUGGCAGCAACUUGGAACGGGCCCGCCGGAUCAAGGCACGCUCAGUUAGUGGACACCCAGCAGGGCCUUACAGGGCCAUCAACAACCAAGACAAGCUGGUGGCAUGGCUGCACCCCGGGGUGGACACCUUGGACAAAAUGUUUGAAUACGCUGCAAUGAGGUUUCCACGGAGGGACUGCCUGGGCACCAGAGAGGUGCUCAGUGAGGAGGACGAGCUCCAGCCCAAUGGGAAGGUCUUCAAAAAGUUUAUUCUAGGGAACUAUAACUGGCUGUCAUAUGAGGAAGCCUACCAUGCAGCAAAGUGUUUUGGCAGCGGCCUGGCAGCUCUCGGCCAGAUGCCUCAGCGUAACAUUGCCAUCUUCUGCGAGACCAGAGCGGAGUGGAUUGUGGCAGCGCAAGCCUGUUUCAUGUACAAUUUCCCACUUGUGACCCUGUAUGCCACUCUCGGACCCACGGCCAUCGCCCACGGCCUGAAUGAGACCGAGGUCACACACAUCAUCACAAGUAAAGACCUGCUUCAGAGCCGCCUCAAGGCCAUACUGUGUGACGUGCCGAGGCUGCAGCAUGUCAUCGUUGUGGAUAGCAAACCCACGCGCUGGAUAGACAUCCCCAGAGGCAUCUCGGUCUACAACAUGGACGCUGUGCAGGACAUGGGAUCCAAGCCAAACGAUAUAGCAGAACACCGCAGACAGCCAGAGCCCUCGGACAUCGCCGUCAUCAUGUACACCAGCGGCUCCACAGGCAUCCCCAAGGGUGUCAUGAUCUCCCAUGGCAACAUCAUUGCUGGAAUCACUGGCAUGGCUGAGCGAAUUCCUAACCUCAAUGAAACAGACACCUACAUUGGCUAUCUGCCGUUGGCCCACGUUUUAGAACUCAGCGCUGAACUGGUGUGCAUCUCCCAUGGCUGUCGCAUCGGAUACUCCUCCCCUCAGACUCUUGCUGACCAGUCCACUAAGAUAAAGAAGGGCAGUAAAGGGGAUACCAGCGUGCUGAAACCUACUCUCAUGGCUGCUGUGCCAGAGAUCAUGGAUCGAAUCUACAAGAAUGUGAUGACCAAAGUGGAGGAGAUGAGCAAAUUCCAGAAGACGCUCUUUGUGCUGGCUUACAACUACAAGAUGGAGCAGAUCUCCAAGGGCUACAGCACGCCUCUCUGUGACAGUCUGGUGUUCAAACGGGUGCGUGCGCUCUUGGGGGGCAACACCCGGGUGCUGCUUUCUGGAGGAGCUCCGCUCUCAGCCGCCACACAGCGCUUCAUGAACAUCUGCCUGUGCUGCCCUGUGGGCCAGGGCUACGGCCUGACGGAGACAUGUGGAGCUGGCACCAUCAGUGAGGUAUGGGACUACAGCACAGGACGGGUUGGUGCUCCACUGGUUUGUUCUGAGAUCAUGCUGAAGAACUGGGAGGAGGGUGGUUAUUACAGCACAGACAAGCCCAACCCACGGGGGGAAAUUGUAAUUGGCGGUCCCAACGUAACCAUGGGUUACUACAAAAAAGAAGCCAGGAACCGUGACGACUUCUUUGUGGAUGAGAAUGGCCAGCGAUGGUUCUGUACAGGAGACAUUGGAGAGUUCCACCCUGAUGGAUGUCUCAAGAUCAUCGACCGCAAGAAGGACCUGGUGAAAUUGCAGGCAGGCGAGUACGUCUCUCUGGGAAAAGUGGAGGCUGUUCUGAAGAAUUGUUCACUCAUAGAUAACAUCUGUGCCUAUGCCAACAGUGACCAGUCGUAUGUGAUCAGCUUUGUGGUGCCUAACCACAAGCAGCUAAUGGUGCUGGCAGAGCAGAUGCAGGUAAAAGGCACAUGGGAGGAAAUCUGCAACAACUCCCAGAUAGAAAAAGAGGUCCUUCGCAUCAUUACUGAGGCAGCAAUAGCAGCAAAACUGGAACGAUUUGAGAUCCCCAAGAAGAUCCGUCUGAGCGCUGAGCCCUGGACACCAGAGACUGGCUUGGUCACUGAUGCGUUCAAACUGAAACGCAAAGAGCUGAAAACACACUACCAGGAAGACAUUGAGAGGAUGUACGGUGGAAAAUAACACAUAGACAUACUCCCAACACACACACACACACACACACACACAUACAUAUAUAUAUACAUAUAUAUAUACACACGUAUAUUAUAUCUUAGAAGCCACUACCAGGACUACUUGGAGAGGAGUUAUACUCUAGAUACAGAUAACACACACACAAUACAACACAAUACAUACACAAAGCAUUAUGCACCUCCUCCUCGGCUUCCCUGUGACCAGCUUUCAUCAAAGGAGGGGAAAAAAACUCUAACGCUCUGUCAAGACCACAAGGCAGAAGUUUCCCUCACAAACAAGUGAACCAGGCGAGACACGUCUGGUGUGAGGGCACUCAUCACUCCUCUUUGAUGGAUCAAGCCCUUUGGGUUGUUAUGGCAACUGUGGCAGCACAUGAAGCCAGAUAUCGGCACGUCUCGAAGCAAAGCAAGCGUCAGCCUAGAUGUAUCUGGAUCAAUGUCGGCACGCCCUGUCUGCUGCUUCUCCUCCUCCUUCUCCCUUUUCCCCCUGCUCUAUAGAGCCUUCUCCCAGUUCAGCAUGGUUGUGGACUGGUUUUGCAGAUACCUGGCAGGAAAAAAGGGGGUAGCAUGACCCCAGUAGUAGGAUCCCUCCUGGGCUUUAAGUAAUAUUCAGGUUGGAAUCUAUGCAGGGAUCUGUAUUAUCUCUUUAAUGAUUUUUUUUAUUUUUAUUUUCAUCUCUUUCUUGCGUUCGUGUUUGGUUAUGUUAGUUUUGAUGAGUAUUUUUGUAUGUGGGGAGCUGGUGUUGUUACAAAGCCAAGAUUGAAUAUGAUUAGAAAUCAUUUUGUUACUGUUAUUUUGUGGUUGCAUUAUACUGUGGGGUUUUUUUUUUUCCUUCUGAGGUUCUUUAACCUGUUUUCUGUUGCCAAUUUGUUUACGCUAACUGUUCUUUAAUGAGCUUUGUUUACAAUAUUUUUUUUUUACUUUUUCUCCCCUUAUAUGCCUGUGUCUCAAAUUUGUACCUUUUGAGUGUGUAUUUAUGGACUUGACUAGUAAGAGCAAUCCAGUCUUCUGUCCCUUCUCCUCUCAGCCUUUGCAGCAGAGUUGAACAUCAGUUGCAAAAGGUGUUCACUGGGAAAUUUUCCAUCCCUACUUUUUCACUAGAGUUUCAUAUUUUUUCCAGCAGCACCUGAAUGCCUCCCAACCUGCAUAUUAUUGGUUAUUUCAAUGGUUCAACAACAUACCGUAGCCCUGCCGCAUCUGCCAUGUGUUCCUCCAGUCAUGACCAAUGCACCGUAUGGAUGGCUCCAAGGGAACUUAACGUACCAUAGAAGAAUAGUUUACCUUUCAUUGGUUACUCUCCAAUUUACUUUUUGGUGCAUCUGUAUGUUACCCUAGUUACUGUGACUUUGAUCUUCUUUUUUUUUUAUUUUGACUUAAUAUGAAAUACAAAAUGAAUGUGCAAUAUUUAUACACAUAUUUUAAACAAAAGUAAGUAGGAAGGAAGAAUGCACACGCAGCAGCCUCUCCAUAGUGUAAGAAGGUUUUAGGCCUGUUACUGUCCACUCCAGUGCAUAUUGGAAGACCUGAGGGAACAUAAGCAUAGGAAUAUAGAAGAUGACGGUAGAGAGACACUGAUAGGGAAGUCUAAAUGUAGCCAGUUAGAACGUGCUGUGGUAAACAGUGUAAUGUUCUUUAGUGAGACUGUAAAGUGAAAAUCGAAUAUUUGGCUUUGUAGAAACUGCAUGAUGAAAAGUGUGUAACUGUACCAAAGCACUUGAACAUAUAUUUGAGAAAGUAAUGAGAGAAUUGCACUCUAGUCAAAAGACUGAAGGAGCUCCUUAUGAAUACACUGCUUAUUUAAUAAUCAGUACAUAGCAUAAGCUCACUUGACCUCAGAGAGUGCAAGUAACAUUAACAUUUCUGUAUCUUCAUAUUGGCUUUUGUGUAUGUUACUGUAUGUGCAAUGUAUAUAAAAAGGGUCUGCAGUGCUUUG